AUGCCUAGCAGUCGUGGUCCCCAGCGAAAAAGUAAAGCCAAAGUCCCAAAACCACCGCGAGGCUCUGGCCUCAAUCCUUUGGGCGAACCAGCAAUCGAUCAGCUUCGCAUUCCUACAGAACAACCGCAGAUGUCUUAUUUCGGUUUCGAUGCGCAUGAGACCACCCCCCAACACGACCAUUCUUACAGCGGCACGCAGAGCGCCAGCUUCGAGACUACCCCCCAACAUGGCCAUUCUUACAGCAGCACGCAGAGCCCCGGCUUCGACGAUCAAUCCUCCUGGGACUUCUUUCAGAAUCAACCGUCCUUUGAAGCGCCCCCACAGGGCUCAUAUCCCGAUGAACACUACUCAUUCCAGGGUGCUACAGGUAGCACAGCCAGCACGAGUAUGUCGGACACAAUGCUCAUCCAACGAGGUGAGAUCCCUCAAACAGAUGUCAUGCAUACGGUGGGCCCAGCAAGACUCGCAAAGAAACGAGGGAGUCAACGGCCGAUGCCACCAACACCAUGGAUGGCUCCCUACCCGACAACCCGCCCACAGAUCCCAUCCACAAUCGAAAGCUCGACAUCGCAGAUUGCGACAUCGUCAACAUAUACUGAUUCCAUUCCCACUAUAAUAGUCCCUGACGCCACCAUUAACCAGACGAUGAAGGGCGCGAUGAAACUCGUCACGCGCAAACUAUUUAGCCUGAAUGCGAUGACCGAGUCAUUGCCACAAUGCUUCGGUCCUAACACAACGGUCGCAAACUUUAUCACCAGUAAACGUCGGGGUGAGGUCGCAAACACAUUGUCAGUGACCUGCGGAAAAGUAGUCAAGUUUGCGUGUAUGGGCGCCUUCCACGUGUAUCGACUGUUUCCCCCGUUAUACAGUACCACGCCCCCUGUCAUCUAUCAAUUCCUCGGCGAGACGGAGGAAGAACAACUGGAAAGGUUGAAGUAUAUCUGGGCACUCUCCGGUGCUGCUACUUUCUGCAGCUUGGAUGAGCAAUACAAGAUUCACGUGCAGAUGGAUCCCUUCGGGGGGAUGUCAGGCAACUGGAAGUUUCUCGCUAUUGUGAAAGCAAUGGACGACUUGACGGACGACAAGAAGGCAGAAUUUUGUAGGUUUUUGCAUAUGUGCAUCUUCUCGUUUUUUGACAUGCUUACCACUUUCCACGCUGAUGGUGCCCUGGCUGCAUCCCGCUCUCAGCUUGUGCGUCCUACUCCCUGGCUGGUUCCUACUCCUAGGCCAGUUCCUGCUUGCAAGCCAGUUCCUGUUCCAUCUGCACCAGCACCUGCACCUCCCCACGAAUCAAUGCCAGCUCCUGGUGAACCAACUUCAACUCCAGCGCCUUUUGCUCCCAAACUAGUUUCUCUUGUUCUCGUUGUGAAGGAUGAGUAG